GCGGCGACACACUUCCUGGUUACUUUGUCGCUGGGCUUCCUCUGCCCGUCAGCUGUGCUGUCUACAACAAUAACUGCCGAGAAGAUACUCGCUCAGUCGACUGGGGACAAGUCACAGAGGAGAAAACGGCCCUGGAUGUCUCCGACGACAAGGCAAGACUAGUGACCCAAGAUGGAAGAUUUCAGGCGGACAUAUCUGCGUCUGUGCAAGGAGGGUGGCGUGGAGCCUCAGGACAGUGUUGUAGCUCAGCUCCAAGAGAGCGGGGCUAAUCAGGGCUCCAGACUGGACCUGAGCGGACAAAGCCUGUCUGCGGACACCUGCUCUGUGCUGGCCAGGGCCCUCCAAAAGGAUACCGUCUUCACGAAGGUGUUGCUCACUGACUGCAUGCUGAGCGAGGAAGGUGCUAAAGUUCUUCUGAGUGGACUGUUUGACAACACAACUGUGAAAGUCCUGGAUCUAAAGGGAAAUAACCUGAGAUCGACCGGGGCUGAGGUGUUGGGGAAGUUGUUAGCCCGCAACAAGACUCUACAUAGGCUGGUGUUGGAGUGGAAUGCUUUAGGCGUGUGGGAAGAAGCCUUCACGCUCUUUUGUGAGGGUUUGUCCUCCAACAGCGUCCUGACGCAGCUGGACCUGCGCAACAAUCAGAUCAACCACCACGGAGCAGCCGCGCUCGCUCUGGCACUUAAACGCAACACCGCUGUUCAAGCACUGGAUCUGAGGUGGAACAACAUUGGUCUGUUGGGUGGCAGGACUUUGUUGGAAGCUUUGCAGAAGAACAAGAGCAUAAUGCAGCUGGAGAUGGCAGGGAACAACAUACCUAGUGACACACUCAAAGCUCUCGAACAAAUCACAGGCCACAACUCCGAUAGACAGUCCACCCUGAGAGACAGCCGCAGCAGGACCCAGGUCCUCAGCAAGGAGAUUCAGUCUCUGAAGGAGGAGAAGGGUCGGCAGUUCCUUGGCCUGAUGGAGACCAUAGACAGGCAGAGGGAGGAAAUGGGUCGCUCCAACGGGUCGACCUCCAUUCAAAUAGGCCAACUCCAGGAAGCUCUGAAUGAGAGGAAGUCAGCUGUCAACUCGCUCACCGCCAAACUUCAGAUGACAGAGGCGGCCCUCGCCCUCUCCGAGCAGAAAAACUACAACAUGGGAGAGCUGCUGUCGCGAGUUAAGAGUGAAAAAGAAGAAGAGAGGGAACGACAAAUCAGGGUGACGAAAAAAGAGCAAGAGGACAGUGCACUCAGAGAAGGUAAACUCCUUAGAGAGAUCCAAAACCUGACAGAAACCAACAGCCAACUCAAGAAUAAAGUGGAGGAGCUGGAGCGCAGGUGUAAGUCUCAGCAGCAACAGAUUUUUGAGCUGAAGCAGGAGCUGACCAACAGUACGGCAGAGCUCAAGCUGCAACUAGCACAGGCAGAAGACCGUCUGGAGAUAGAGAAGAGAAGGUCCAAGCAAGCUCUGCAAGACAUGGACAGUCUCCGCCAGAAGGAGGUAGAGCAUGUGAAUCGACAUCUUGAAGAUAAUGAGAGGGCUCUGCAGGAACGCAUCUUCAAACUGGAAGGACAGCGGAUACAGCUGGAAGAGGAGCUGAGUAAAGCUAAAGCUGCGUGUGUGACGGAGAGGACCCAGGCAGAGGAGGAGCUAGCAAAAGUGCGAGCUCAAGUGCGUCUGGAGGAGCAGGAGCAUGUGAUGACCUUGGAGGAGAAGCUUUGCUCUUUUCGUUCCCUCCAACAGGAGGCUCAGCUCCACUGCUCCCAGCAGAAACAGACCAUCUCCGAGCUGCAGGCCAAGAACAGCCAGCAGAGCAUGGAGAUCAACGGACUGCGGCGCAGAACAGAGGAGCUCCAGCAGGAGCUGUCUGGUAAGGACCAGGAGAAGGUGGCCGAAGUAAGCCGGGUGAGGGUGGAGCUGCAGGAGCAGAUUGGACAUUUACAUGCUGAGAGAACAGCUCAGGGUGGCUUCAAAGAAAAGAUCAGUGCUCUGGAGAGAGAGAUUAAAGCGCUGGGCAGUAACCACAGAGAGGUGCUGCUCGACAAAGAAAGCGAAAUGUCGUCCAUGCUGGAGAAGCUGCGGCUAAAAGAGGCGGAGAUCCAGAGGAUGAGGGAGGACGAAGCCCACAGAGCCAGCUACCUACAGAGUGCCAUCCUCACUUACGUUCAGGGCUCUCCCCUGGGACACUACAGCAGCCCCAGGAAAUAACAGGCCGUGCCCCCGAACCCUCCCUUAAUACCUGCACUGGUCAGGACUGUGAAGAAAAAUCACGGUUGCCUGAAGUCUGAGGGCAGAUACCUUCACAAAAUCUGCAGUUAGAGUCAAGACCUCAGAGGUCAAAGAAGUCAUUCAUGGACCAAGAGGAACACUUUGGGCUCUAUUCUGCUACCAGUCCAGUAAAUGUUUUUUAUACCCUUUUUUGGCCAGUUCCCUCUCAUGUCUUUAGCUCUUAUUAAUAAAAAGGUACUAUGCCUAAUACAUUAAUAAUAUGUGUUUUUACUGUCCACCCCACCUGCUCGUACUCAUGUUCUACCCUAUUCGAAAUGAAUUGAAGGCAGUCCAGCGUUCUUAGUGUUUAUAUUUAAAAUGAGAUCAAACAUGCCUGUCAGUCUGGCUCAGACACACAACGGAAAGCUGAUUCACAAAAUGUCUGUUUCUAUGAAAAACAUUAGGAAU